CAUCACAAGAGGCAUCAGAAUCCUCAAAUAUUUCCACCCCAGAAGUUACUUCAGAGAGGCGAUCAAGUGAUAACCCAUCUAAGAAGAUAUCUAAGGUUGUUGGAAGUUCUGAAGAAAUAUAUAUGAAAUCGAGACCAACAACACCGUCAACUGCCGAACCACAUACUACCUCUAGACCGGUGACUCCCACUCUUCCUUCCUUUUCACAAAGCGCUAAUGUUAUUAAUGUCACAAUCAAUAAUAAUUACGCUGGCACCUCUGAAGAGCAAGAGGAUUAG